GAGCGCUCCAAGCAGGGGAGGGGGAAGAAGCGGCUGACGCUCGCUGCCCUCCUCUACCUCCUCUUCAUGACGGGGGAGCUCAUAGGUGGAUAUGUUGCUAACAGUCUAGCAAUUAUGACAGAUGCACUUCAUAUGUUAACUGACCUUAGCGGUAUCAUUUUGACCCUGCUUGCUCUCUGGCUGUCUGCAAAAUCUCCCACAAAGAGGUUCACUUUUGGAUUUCAUCGCUUAGAAGUAUUGUCAGCCAUCAUUAGUGUAUUGCUGGUCUAUAUCCUUAUGGCAUUCCUCUUGUAUGAAGCUGUUCAAAGAACUAUCCAUAUGGACUAUGAAAUAAAUGGCGAUAUCAUGCUGAUUACAGCAGCCGUUGGUGUUGCAGUUAACUUAAUAAUGGGUUUUUUGCUGAAUCAAUCUGGCCACCUUCACUCCCACUCCCAUUCCCACCCUCACUCUCACGUACCUCAGUCGAACUCUCCUAACACAGCCCACAGCAGCAGCCAUGGACACAGCAGCCUUGCCGUGAGAGCAGCAUUUGUACAUGCCCUUGGGGACCUGGUACAAAGUAUUGGUGUGCUCGUAGCUGCAUAUAUCAUACGCUUUAAGCCAGAGUACAAGAUUGCUGAUCCUAUAUGUACAUAUGUAUUCUCCAUACUGGUGGUUUUGACAACAGUUCGAAUUCUGUGUGACACAGGAGUUAUUAUUCUGGAAGGAGUUCCAAGGCAUUUAAAUGUGGAUCGCAUUAAGGAAGACUUGAUGAAAAUUGAAGAUGUUUAUUCUAUAGAAGAUUUAAAUGUUUGGUCUCUCACUGCAGGCAAAACAACUGCCAUAGUCCACUUGCAACUAGUUCCUGGUAGUUCAUCUAAAUGGGAGGAAGUUCAGUCCAAGGCCCGACAACUGCUGCUGAACACGUUUGGGAUGUACAAGUGCUCUGUCCAGCUUCAGAGCUACAAACAGGAAAUGAGCAAAACCUGCGCAAGUUGUCAGAGUUCCAGUGCCUAAUUUCGUAUGUUUUGGGAACUGCUGCCUUAUUCUUUAUCUUGUAGUCAAAGACUGAGAGCAAUAAAUGCAAAGUGAAAAUGAUCAAAUAGAAACCAUUGAUAUGUGGAUUUGUACCAUGUAACAUGCAGCGGGGAGAACUGGUGCUGCAAAAAGUGCAGUGGUUGCCCUACAGAACAUGUAUUUCACUCUCUCCCUUGUACUGGAUUAUUCAAUUUAUUAUGAUUUUGGGACAAAGCUGUUUUCGGAUUAUUGUUUACAAACUGCAAUGUGGCUCUGCAGAUACCUCACAAAUUACAGUCCAAUAUUGUCCUUUAGGAACUAUGUACCACAAAAUACCUGCACUCCAAAUGGAGCAUCAAGUAUUCAGUAUUUCAAUUAAAGUCUCUAAUGCUGAUCAUGCCAGGGUUCCAUAAUAUCUCAUGAGCCCUGAAUUCAUUAUACACUAUUUUUGCAAUA